CAGCGCAGCGCAGCGGAGCGGGGCUCCGGGCACCCCUGGGUGCGGAGGGAGGCGAGCUGCGGAAGGACGCGGGGGCUGCGGCGGGGCUUUUCUGAACAAGGCUGAUUUGCUGUGGGACUUGGGGCCUGCUUUUCAGAGGCAGUAGGACAGAAGAAACAACAAAUAUAAAGUCUCCGUGAGUGAGAGAGAGAGAACGGUGAUUCACUAAUACUCUGCACCUGAAGUGAAACACAAAAGAUCAACAGUCUCGCAGCUGCCGUUGCAAACAGGCACAAUUCAAUAUGGAUGAGAAAGUGGAUUCCAAUUCUUCAGUCAGUUGGCCUCACAUAUGGAGUUUCAAUGGCACAUACAAGUAUCCAUACCCAGACCAUAACAUUUCCUAUGUGGACUUCUACCUUCAUCAGCCACCAGUGGCAGCCAUCUUCAUCAUCUCCUACCUCCUCAUCUUCCUCCUGUGUAUGCUUGGCAAUGGAGUGGUUUGCUUCAUUGUUCUGAGGAGCAAGCACAUGCGCACAGUCACAAACCUCUUCAUCUUGAAUCUGGCUGUCAGUGACUUACUAGUGGGGAUAUUCUGCAUGCCCACCACUCUCCUGGAUAACAUCAUAGCAGGCUGGCCCUUUGGGAGCAUGAUCUGCAAAAUGAGUGGGAUGGUCCAGGGAAUCUCUGUCUCAGCCUCUGUUUUCACUUUGGUUGCAAUUGCAGUUGACAGGUUCCGAUGCAUUGUUUACCCGUUUAAGCAGAAGCUCACCACAUCAACUGCGGUUGUCAUUCUAGCAGUCAUCUGGGUUCUGGCUAUCGCCAUCAUGUGUCCAUCUGCAGUCAUGUUGCAGGUACAAGAGGAAAAGUAUUUCAGGGUGAUCCUUGGCUAUAGCAAUCAAACCAGCCCUAUCUACUGGUGCCGGGAGGACUGGCCCAAUCAGGAAAUGAGAAAGAUCUAUACAACGGUGCUGUUUACCAACAUCUACCUGGCCCCCCUUUCACUCAUCGUCAUUAUGUAUGCCAGGAUAGGGAUCGCGCUCUUCAACAAAGCGGCACCUGUAGGGGGAAAACAGAGCCAGGAGCAGCGCCACUCCGUGUCCAAGAAGAAGCAGAAGGUGAUCAAAAUGCUCAUCACUGUGGCUUUACUUUUCAUCCUGUCCUGGCUCCCCUUGUGGACUCUGAUGAUGCUCUCAGACUAUGCCAAUCUGACGGAGGUCCAGCUGCAGAUCAUCAACAUUUACAUCUACCCCUUCGCUCACUGGCUGGCCUUUUUCAACAGCAGCGUCAACCCAAUCAUCUAUGGCUUCUUCAACGAGAACUUUCGCCGAGGCUUCCAGGCAGCCUUUAAGCUUCAGCUCUGCUCCGGGGAAAUGAUGCGCAGGGAGUUCUACUCCCAGCGGGGCCAAAGCAAUGCCAUAUUACCGGCAACCACCCACCAGCUGCUGGAGGACCAACCUUCUCAAAACGCCAAGGACGAGGAGAAACCAAUUCAGAGAGGGAACUGGAUGAACAACAACCAGCAGGACUUGAUGAUGGAAGACCUAGAAAAGGCAACCAACGACUAUGGAGUAAAAUGAAAUUUGCCAUGAACUGGUUUAUUCCAACUUCCCAUGGCAGAGUCUGAUGUGGUGUGAGGUUCACAUGAUUUAAGCCAGGGGUCGGCAACCUACAGCACGCGAGCCGAUUGUGAGCGGCACGUAGCUCCCUGCCCUGGUCCCGGCCCCCAGCCCCACUCAGCCCCCCCUGC